CGUCUGGUUAUGUAAGGAAAACUAAAACUGAAUGUUUUGAAUGGUUCCUUCAUUUGAAUGGUAUUUGCUUUUGCAAAAUGAUGAAUAACCUUGCACAAUAGGUUAAACCUUAGUGAUGAUAUCAUGUCUCGAUCUUAACGUGACAUCUGGUUUGGUAAGAGUCACUCAGACUCUGACCAUGGAGAAAUUUGUCCUUCUUGUGGGUCUGCUGCUGUUGCUCCAUACAUCUGCCCAUAACGUACCCGGAUCAGUUAAGGAAUUCAUACAUGUGGAGACUAAUUUGACAUGGUAUGAUGCACAAACAUAUUGCGGAAAAUUUCUAGGAAAUCUCUUCACGGUUUCAAAUAAGAAUGAUCUGAAGAAUUUGACCGGCUUUGCUAAAAAUCUCUCUUGGAUUGGACUUCUCAAGGGAAAGCAAUUCUGGAAAUGGGUGGACGGAUCGACGGCCAAUUAUUUCAACUGGUAUAAACUUGGGGACUGUGCCUCAAUAAGAAGUGAUGGAUAUUGGCACAACAGGUCAUGUGGUGAUGAGUUACCCUUUGUGUGUGGGACAUUUCCAAUGUGGGACUUUAAUAGGACAAAAUUGUCUUGGCAUGAGGCAGACAAUUUAUUUAAGGGAAAAACUGAAACCCUCGCAAUUUUACAUGAUAAGCGAGAAAAUGGAAAUAUCACCGGUGUGCUCGAAGGGAAUGAAGCCUGGAUAGGGUUAUACAAAGCUUCUCAAAACCAAUGGUCUUGGAUAAACAACCAGACUCCCCUCACAUACUCCAACUGGUUCACAAACUUUUUGUGUGCAGUGAUGGAUUGCAACGGCUUCUGGCACGACACCUCUUGCUUUGAGGAGAACCCAUUCAUCUGCAUUGAUCAAAUCAACGGUAAUCUCACAAACACGCUGGUCAGUGAGAGGAAAACCUGGAAAGAAGCUCAGAGCCACUGUGAGAGGAUGAACAUGAAGCUGGCCAUGUUGAAAACCAAAGAAGAUAUCACUCCACAAUUGAAUCAAAUCUGUCAGUCAGUGGACAGUCAGUACCUUUGGAUCGGGUUAUACAAUGACCCGUGGUUUUGGAGUGCUGGAUGGGGUUCAGAUGUUAGAAACUGGAACAGCAUGCAACCUGAUGGUAAAGAUUUUGGCAAUGAAUCCAUACCACGUUGUGCAGCUGUUCAAGACGGUGAAUGGUUUGCUAUGGAGUGUCACGAUAACCUUCCCUUCUUUUGUUCGGCCAUAGUACGCUCCAUAAUCCUGCUGUCGGAACACAAAUCAUGGGAAGAGGCGUUGAAUCACUGUAGAGACAAGUAUGUGGAUUUGGCCAGUCUGGGAUCAGAAGCUGAACAAAAGGUUGCUGUUCGGAAAAUUGAAGAUGUUCAGAGUGUUUAUGUGUGGACUGGACUACGUUUUUUGGCAGGUUCUUGGUUCUGGGUGUAUGGGGAUGGUUUAAGGUAUGAGAACUGGUUAGACGGUAAACAGCCACAGUGUCCAAAUGUCACACGUCGCUGUGGUGCUCUCGCUGUAGCGACGGGGAAGUGGGAGCCCAGAUCAUGUGAGGAAAAACUGGAGUUUCUCUGUUUCCAGAAAUGAAAUGUUUUCUUU